AUGGCAGCCUCCGCCGCAGCUCAACGUAGAUCUGCAGGAAGGAGGACGACGUACGAGAGGGCAGAGCUCGAGGCGCUCAGGGACGCCCCGUCGAAGGAGGCUCACGCGCGGCUGUGGGCCGACGUCCGCGCUGCCCUCGCGGCCUCCGGGUUCUCCGGUGAGUACGACGGGCUGCUCGCCGCCGAGGAGGACGUCAGGAGCAGGAGGGGUAAUAGGGGGAUGAAGACUAUGGGCGUGAGGAAGUGGCCCGAAGAGGCGGCGGCGGCACGGUUCUUGGGUGUUGCAGAGAUUGGUGCCCACAGAAAUGGGGAUCUGGCGGUUUGUGACGAACACCGCUCUGAGUCUGCUCAUGACCAUGCUGGGGCAUGCGGAGUGGUUGAAGAGCCGUUUCAUCAAGGUGAAGAUGUGGAAUAUGAAGAUGAUAGUGACGAUGACUAUGAGGGAAUUCUGAAGCCUGCAUUUGCUGUGGAUGGAGAUCCAGAUUUCGAGUCUGGCGAGCCACUUGAUGGCUUUGAGUACCUUCGGCGUGUCAGGUGGGAAGCUAACCAAAUUCCUAGAGUGAAGGUAGCCAAGAUAUAUUCAAGCGCAGCUAGAAAUGAGCAAACUCCUUAUAUGCCAGAUAUUCCGGACAUACCAAAGUGCUUACCUGAUUUGCGUGCAUCAAAACAAUGGGAGGACACAUUUAUCACCCAGUUCGCGGAAACCAGGAUGGUGCUCUCUGAGCUUGACAAUUCUGAUGAACCAUCUGCAUCUAGUGCGACAAAAAUCUCAACAAAACCUGGCAACAGAUCAGAGCCACAGACUGAACCGUCCCUGACAAUGAUUCGCAACAUGGAUGCAGUUUCAAGAGCUGCGACACUUAGGAACUACAUUGAUAUGAUUCAAAGCUUGGAUACACUAUCAAGGAAUAACUGCCUGUGGCUCUUUGCACUCUGUGUUGCCAUUCACACCCCCUUGGACGCAGAGACGUGUGCCUCACUAAGGUCCUUGCUGCGCAAGUGCGCCACCAUCCUUGCCACCAAGACUGAGAUGGACGAUGAGGUUGUAAUGCUGAAUAUACUGAUGACAAUUUCAGGAAGGCCUGCUAGGGUAUUACUGAAGUUAGCACCUACGGGCUACGGCGUUGCUCGCAUCCGGAGUGUUGCAAAAGCAGGGGUCAUAAUCUCGUUCAGUUUCACCCUUGAUGAAGCAAAGCCCUCCUGCAGCAUGCCCUCCAAGGCUGCUCCAACUUUCGGGAAAUUGAAGUCGCUGGGAAAUUGA